ACCCUAUCUGGAUUAAGCGCUCAACGAUGAUGAUGAUGAUGAUGACGACGACUAAUUAAGUGUAUUAUGUCUUUUGAUUCAGUUGAAUUUGGCCUCUUGCACUCCAGUUGGAUGGUUUCAUUUCCCUCUUGAAAUCUGAUUGGCUAAUUGAACUUUGAGUCCUGCUAAAAAUGUGAUUGGCUAGUCAAAGUUUACACCCUGUGAUCUGAACCUUUGCUGGUUGAAUUUUUAAUUUUCAACAUUGUUUACUAGUUGUAUGUUAACCAUUGGCUAGUUAAACUUUCUCUCCUGAUAUCUUAUUGACUAACUGGAUGUGCAAUCCCAAAGUCUGAUUAGCUGGUUAAAUUUCCCUCCUGCAAUCUGGCUGGCUAAUUAAAAUUUCAGUCCUACUAUGGGAUUGGCUAGUAACUCCUCUGAUCUGACUGGCUAGUUGAACUUAAUAUCUGAUUGGUUAACUAAAUUUGCAAUCGCAAAAUCAGAUUGACGGACUAGUUGAAGACGUUCAGUAUUUCUUAGUAUUUGUUAGGUUUUAUUUAUUUGUUUAUUUAUUUUGCUUUAACGACAGUGCGCACUGGAGCUGCCAUAGACUCCAUACAUCUGGGCAAGAAUCUCUGAUGAGUCGAUUAAAUCCACCUUAGAGUCGUCUGAACAUGUAUUUCAAAUGAAUAAAUAAGACUGCUUCAGUCUGAAUAGUGACUUGCAAAUAAUAGUGAAUAUUUCUUCUUCAUUUUAUUUGUCAGAAACUUUCUUUGUUUUAUUUUAGUUGUAGAUUUGGGUGAAGAAAUCUCAGACUGGGGAAGCCCAGUGUAUUUUCUCUUUGGUUCAGUUUAUCCAUCACAGCUUUGCUCAUUUGUUUUUGCAUCCAUGUAGUAACUGGAGAACAUGACACUGAAAACGCAGCGGGUCUCCAGUAAGACAGCUUGUUGUACUGUGUUUUUCUGCGAGGCAUAUUUCUGUUAACCGUUUCGUUAUUCUCAUUAUCUCUGCACGGUCAGUGCACAAACGGCUUAGUUUAGCCACAGCGUCAAAGUUGCUCACGUGACACGACGCGACCCGUCACCGCGCUCCGGGCUGCUGCGCGGAUUUUCCCAAGGUGCAUUGCGAAAAUGGCUGGUCUCGGUAACGUAGCUGGACGCGGGUGCAGGUCUCGCCUGUAGAGAAAUGGACCGAGACCUGUAGCUGACGCGGUACUGACGGUGUUUUAACGACAGCGACUGCAGCGAGCUCGACUUAGUGCUACAGUGGAGAAAAUGCCCUCUCCGAAAGCCAGAAGCGGCGGUGCGGCCGGGAGCAGCGGGCGCUAUGAGUUUAUGUCCCUGAGCCGCUCGCCUCCUCCGCCGGCUCUGCAGCGCCAAGGCUCGGACCCCACAGCGGCGCGCCUGCGGGCGGCGGACAGCCCGACCCGGCGGAGAGGCUCCGGCUCCUCCACCGCCUCCACGUCCUCCACCGGCGGACAGCAGCUGCCGGAAGAAGACUGUAUGCGGUUGAACCCGUCCAUACUCGGCAUUGCGCUCAGCUCUCUGCUCGCCAUAGACCUGUGGCUGUCCAAGCGACUCGGCGUGUGCGCCUGCGAGGACUCGUCGUGGGGAAGCGUGCGGCCGUUAAUGAAGCUGGUCGAGGUCUCCGGACACGGAAUACCGUGGCUGGUCGGUGCGGCGUACUGUUUAUACAAGAGCGACAGCGCCGCGGGGCAGGAGGUCAUGCUCAACCUGCUCAUGGCCUUGGUGUUGGACCUAGUGCUGGUGAGCAUAGUUAAAGCCGUGGUGCGUCGCCGGCGUCCCGCCCAUAACCGCAUGGACAUGUUUGCCACGUUCUCAGUGGACCGUUACUCCUUCCCAUCAGGCCAUGCCACUCGUGCUGCAAUGUGUGCCCGCUUCCUGCUGGCCCACCUGGUCCUGGCCGCCCCACUCCGUGUUCUCGUCCUGCUCUGGGCAGCCUUCGUGGGUUUCUCCCGGGUCCUCCUCGGACGCCACAAUGUGACAGACGUAGCAUUCGGCUUCUUCAUGGGCUACUGUCAAUACAACCUGGUGGAGGCACUGUGGUUGUCACCUGUCACGCUGCAAAGCAUGGUGGGACAGCUGGAGUGAAAUGCAGGUGGGCUGGGGUAGAAAACAGUAAAGAGAGUCCAUUAUAGAAAGUAAACUCCUGACUGUUUGAGGACCUUGUUUGACAGUUGCUGGCCUUUUGGUAGUAAUAUAUCAUGUUACAUGUUGUUAUUUGUGAGUUUUGAAAAGUGUCUGUCUACUAAAUAAAUAUAAAUGUAUCGUUCAGUCAAUCAUCUGUAAGGUGAGUCCAAGGGGAAUCUUAUUGAAUCAGGUAUUUUAAUAAUAAUUGUUCAGAGGGAUAGAAAAAACUUGAUUUGAUGAGUUGAGGACAGGGUCAGCGGUCUUAUCUGCUAAGAGCCAGUGUGGUUGCAGGCUUUCCUUCUGACCGGUAUAACACUUUAUCUCAUAUAACUGAUUCGUCAAGUCCAGCUUGAUUUGAAAAAAGACCUGCUUCCAAACAACCACUUUGUGGAUAAGAUUGAUUACCUUUGUAUCAUCAGAAAGGAUGACCUGUAUUGAUAGAUGCUGCUGUGUGACAUCACUGUUUUUUCAGCAUCACCCGUGUUUAUAAAAAAAAAAGCAGCAACUUGUCAAAAGCAGCUUGAGCCUUGAUAAGAGUUUAAAAUCAAUAACAGUGUACCUGCAAGUCUAGCCAUGAAAGCAUUGCUCCAUUUGCACUCAAGACCUGCCAGACAUUUUGCUGUAUUUGUAUAAAAUCGAUGUAGAGAACAAAAGAUCUGGUGUUCAUUAUUUGAAUGUUUAAAUAUGGUGACGGGAAUGUUAGAUAUCAUGUGUAGUGUGUUUGUUUUUUUUGUUUUUUUUUGUUUUGUUUUUUUUUUCCCCCCCUAGCAAAAGGAUUUGGGGUCGUGGUGGCAGCCUUAAUCACUGUCCUUUCUUCAGAGAAAGCUGUUGAGCCAUACUGUGCCCAUUUGGGACCACUAAUGAUUUAUGAAGCAGGCUAUUUUAUUUUCAUUCAUAUUUUAUUCCAGCUUUGCCUUUUUUAUAUCUGUGUAUGAAGGCUUUUUAAAUGGAUUUUGGUCACAGCUGUGAAAGAAUUCACAAUUGUUUCUCAAAAUGAGAGUUUGAAGUUUGCUGGGUUUUUUUUUUCCAUAACAAUAAGAUGUGACUGUUGAACAGAGUUCUGUUAUUUGUAUACAGAUUUGCUGAAAUUAGAAGCCCUGUUAUGCAUGCACUUGAGUAAAGAUAAGACGGUGAUUUAGGUCCUUUAGCGCAGGAGUGGGCAAUAUGAUGAUGUUACAUCAUAAGGUAGUAUACGCAAUGCUACACAUUUCUGAUCUUAUUGUGCUUCUGAUCUGUGCUUCCACAACACUGACCAACUGCAUGUGUGAUUCAAAAAGGGUUUAGACUGCGAAAAUGCCAGUUCAGUAGUGGCCUCUUAUCAGAAAACCUUGAAAUACAGGUAACAAUCAAUUAGUUAACUGCUAAAACAGCCAGUCUAAAUCUGUCCCAAAUGCACAAACCAAACACCCUUGAGAUUUCUUGCCCUAUAGAUGUGUACAUUACUGAUGCCACCAGUGUGUGGACAAAAAACCCCAGAGCUUAGGGUGCCAUUUGGGACUGGUUUGUAGUGUCAUUGAUUCUUAUGAGGCAUCAAUAGAUAUGACUGCCAAUGGAGCCCCCUUGUGGAGAAAUUUUAGCUUGCUGAAUGUGAGUUAUAAUGAAUCUAAAAAUAUUUGCAGUUGCAUUUUUAAUGUAAACUGCAUUUUGCUGCAAGCAAUUCAUCACAUCCCAAAAGAACAUCCUAGCUAUUGUGAUGCAUGUUGUGAAGAUGUCUUCAAGUAAUGUGACUUUACACGCAUGCCGUAUUGCCUAGUCCAAAAAAAGGAUUACAUAGUAUACCUGAAGAUAAGAACCAAUGAUGGAGCUACUGCUGGAUUAUAGAUCUUUUUAUUGCAUUGUUAGUGAUGUUAUUCUGUCACUGGGGAAGAGUACUGUGAGUACAAAGGGAAUUUUUCGUUUGAUGUACCUUUUGUGGAUAAUUUGGUUGAGCACUUUGCACUGGAGUCACAAAAAGUCUGUUUUAUAGAGGUGCUACAUUUGUUGGUGUUCAACUUGACAGCACAGUGUAAGGCCUUAGCUAUAAAAAUAGGUCUACUUUCAGUGUGUGUGUGUGUGUGUGUGUGUGUGUGUGUGUGUGUGUGUGUGUGUGUGUGUGUGUGUGUGUGUGUGUGUGUGUGUGUGUGUGCAUGCUUUUGAGAGAAAUAAAAAGAUGCGCACAAUUUUAUACCCCUCAGGCUAAAGCAGUCCUAAGAAUCUUCUCCCACAUAGAUAAUUUCUCUGCAAAGCCAUGAAAAAAACAAAGCAGUUAAUUAAAGCCUCUUUAUAUCUCCCUUCACUGUCAUAGAACUCCUAUCACACCAUCUGUGGCUCUCAGACCCCAGGCCUCUCCUCGUUUCUCUUUUUCCCUUUUUGUCCCCUCAGCUCCUUCUUGCUUUCUCCACUUCUGCAUUCCUCAUUUCCAGCUGCAGGAUGCAUUAGCAUAUGUAACGUUUUAGAUCUUGCUGUUGGGGUCAACCAGUUACAGCGUGGUAUUGUAACAGCAAACCUACCUGAACACUUAAGAGCAUAUUAUGCUAUCUGGGUAACCAUGUAUCUAGUAGAGAGGUAUCUGCCUUUGUGAUGGUGCAUGUCUUCAGUAGAAAACCAUUCCUGUUGCUGUGCGUGUGUGGUGAUUUUGACUGUUUUGACUUCUUUUUGGCAAUAACAGAUAUUUCCAUUACUCAGUCAAUCAUUUGUUCUGCAAUAUGAGAGGAAGACAAAAACAAAGGCUCACCAAAGGUUUAUUGUUCUCUUUGAAUUGCAAUAAUAUGUGGUGUUUUCCAGUUGUGUUUAUUUGCGAGGGACCAUUUGUGUGUUCUGUGAGUACAUGGUUACAGUGAAGAGUGUCAUUUGAGAUUUAGGGCCUGUUGUCACAUACUUAAGAAUGCUGUUUCUGAGUCAGUCUUGCUGUUAAUUGCUGGAACUGUAACUAGUUCAGACUGCAAGUUACCUGAUCCCAGAUCAGUGUCCCUAUCCUGUGACGCAUAGGUUCCCAAUUUUGGUCCUAGAGGACCCCUGUACUGAACAUUUUAGUGUUUUUCUGCUCUAAUGCGCCCACUCCAAUUCCUCAAGGGCUUGUUAAUUAGUUCUUUAGUUGGAUUAAUUGUAUUGGGAGCAGAAAACACACGAAAAUAUGCAGAACAAGGCUACGCCAGGGUUGGGAAUCAGUGCUUUGAUGUUUUGUGAAUACAGACGGGGUAAUUCACAUAGCAGAAUUUCUCAGAUUAGCUGGAUAACUUGUGCAAAACCUAAGGAUUGUCCAGCUGCAAUAUCCCUUAUGGCUUAUACUGGUCAAGUGUGACUUUUGACUUAAGUUAACUGACUAACUGAGAAAUCAUGCUUUGUGAAAGUGUUUUUAAUAUGCGUUCAUCUUCUGUGAAUUCACCAGCUAAUCAAAGUAAAGGUAAAAAAUAUAAUAUAGAGAUUGAUUGUUGUAUAAUGUGAAAUCACUUAUCUACAUUUAAAAAACACAUUCCAUAAAGGUAUAUUGUUAGUAUAAAGUGUGAUAUGAUGUAUAUUCUGAACUCAUGAUGUGAUUGUAUUUUCUAAAUUAAACACAGAUGAUGAUGAUGAUGA